AUGAAAACGAAAAUUUUGAAACAAAAGAGUGUAAAUAUGCUUAAGAAAAAAACAUCUGGGACAUCAACUGAAUACAUUUUUGAAUGUGAUGGUUGUAGUAAAAAAUUUUCAACAAAAGACAUUCUCGCCAAACACAUUUCAUACAGUCAUAAGACGCAAAAGAACUCAGACACCCCUGCAGUUCGGACACAAGUAGAACAAACUCCAGUACCACAACAAAUAGAAAUAUUUAAUUGUGAUAUUCGCGAAUCACACAAAACAUCUCAAAAACGUUACAUAUUGGCACAUCUUAAAGCGCACGUCGCUAAACAAAUGUACUGUUGUAAUAAUUGUGAAUAUAAAUGUAUUAGUAAAAGUAAUUUGAAAACCCAUAUGAAAAUACACACCGGUGAAAAACCUUUUUCGUGUAAUAUCUGUGAAUAUAGAUGUAUUACAAAAAGUCAUUUGCAAACCCAUAUGAAAAUACACACUGGUGAAAAACCUUUUUCGUGUAAUAUCUGUGAAUAUAGAUGUAUUACAAAAAGGAAUUUGCAAACCCAUAUGAAAAUACACACCGGUGAAAAACCUUUCUCGUGUAAUAUCUGUGAAUAUAGAUGUAUUAGAAAAUGUGAUAUGGAAACACAUAUGAAAAUACACACCGGUGAAAAACCUUUUUCCUGUAAUAUCUGUGAAUAUAGAUGUGUUACAAAAAGUUGUUUGCAAAUACAUAUGAAAACACACACUGGUGAAAAACCUUUUUCGUGUAAUAUCUGUGAAUAUAGAUGUAUUACAAAAAGUCAUUUGCAAACCCAUAUGAAAAUACACACUGGUGAAAAACCUUUUUCGUGUAAUAUCUGUGAAUAUAGAUGUAUUACAAAAAGUUGUUUGCAAAUACAUAUGAAAACACACACUGGUGAAAAACCUUUUUCGUGUUAUAUCUGUGAAUAUAGAUGUAUUAGAAAAAGUGAUUUGCAAAUACAUACGAAAACACACACCGGUGAAAAACCUUUUUCUUGUAAUAUCUGUGAAUAUAGAUGUAUUACAAAAAGUCAUUUGCAAACCCAUAUGAAAAUACACACUGGUGAAAAACCUUUUUCGUGUAAUAUCUGUGAAUAUAGAUGUAUUACAAAAAGUCAUUUGCGAACCCAUAUGAAAAUACACACUGGUGAAAAACCUUUUUCGUGUAAUAUCUGUGAAUAUAGAUGUAUUACAAAAAGGAAUUUGCAAACCCAUAUGAAAAUACACACCGGUGAAAAACCUUUUUCGUGUAAUAUCUGUGAAUAUAGAUGUAUUAGAAAAUGUGAUAUGGAAACACAUAUGAAAAUACACACCGGUGAAAAACCUUUUUCCUGUAAUAUCUGUGAAUAUAGAUGUAUUACAAAAAGUUGUUUGCAAAUACAUAUGAAAACACACACUGGUGAAAAACCUUUUUCGUGUAAUAUCUGUGAAUAUAGAUGUAUUACAAAAAGUCAUUUGCAAACCCAUAUGAAAAUACACACUGGUGAAAAACCUUUUUCGUGUAAUAUCUGUGAAUAUAGAUGUAUUACAAAAAGUUGUUUGCAAAUACAUAUGAAAACACACACUGGUGAAAAACCUUUUUCGUGUAAUAUCUGUGAAUAUAGAUGUAUUAGAAAAAAUGAUUUGCAAAUACAUACGAAAACACACACCGGUGAAAAACCUUUUUCUUGUAAUAUCUGUGAAUAUAGAUGUAUUACAAAAAGGAAUUUGCAAACCCAUAUGAAAAUACACACCGGUGAAAAACCUUUUUCGUGUAAUAUCUGUGAAUAUAGAUUUACUAGAAAAUGUGAUAUGGAAACACAUAUGAAAAUACACACCGGUGAAAAACCUUUUUCGUGUAAUAUCUGUGAAUAUAGAUGUAUUAGAAAAAGUCAUUUGCAAAUACAUUUAAAAACACACACCGGUGAAAAACCUUUUUCGUGUAAUAUCUGUGAAUAUAGAUGUAUUACAAAAAGUUGUUUGCAAAUACAUAUGAAAACACACACCGGUGAAAAACCUUUUUCGUGUAAUAUCUGUGAAUAUAGAUGUAUUACAAAAAGUUGUUUGCAAAUACAUAUGAAAACACACACUGGUGAAAAACCUUUUUCGUGUAAUAUCUGUGAAUAUAGAUGUAUUAGAAAAAGUCAUUUGCAAACCCAUAUGAAAAUACACACUGGUGAAAAACCUUUUUCGUGUAAUAUUUGUGAAUAUAGAUGUAUUACGAAAAGGAAUUUGCAAACCCAUAUGAAAAUACACACCGGUGAAAAACCUUUCUCGUGUAAUAUCUGUGAAUAUAGAUGUAUUAGAAAAUGUGAUAUGGCAACACAUAUGAAAAUACACACCGGUGAAAAACCUUUUUCCUGUAAUAUCUGUGAAUAUAGAUGUAUUACAAAAAGUAGUAUGCAAAAACAUAUGAAAAUACAUACUGGAGAAAAAGCUUUUUCGUGUAAUAUCUGUGAAUAUAGAUGUACCACAAAAAGUAAUUUCCAAAGACAUAUGAAAAUACACACCGGUGAAAAACCUUUUUCGUGUAAAAUCUGUGAAUAUAGAUGUAUUAGAAAAUGUGAUAUGGAAACACAUAUGAAAAUACACACCGGUGAAAAACCUUUUUCCUGUAAUAUCUGUGAAUAUAGAUGUAUUACAAAAAGUAGUAUGCAAAAACAUAUGAAAAUACAUACUGGAGAAAAAGCUUUUUCGUGUAAUAUCUGUGAAUAUAGAUGUACUACAAAAAGUAAUUUCCAAAGACAUAUGAAAAUACACACCGGUGAAAAACCUUUUUCAUGUAAUAUCUGUGAACAUAGAUUUAUUAGAAAAUAUGAUUUGCAAAGCCAUAUGAAAAUACACACCGGUGAAAAACCUUUUUCGUGUAAUAUCUGUGAACAUAGAUUUAUUAGAAAAGAUUAUUUGCAAAGACAUUUUAAAACACACACUGGCGAUAAACCUUUUUCUGAAAAUUUUAGAGCACAUAAUUUUUAA